AAACAAAUAAUCUCUCCAUUCCAUAGUGUGUUGAUCCUUACUUCUUUCCCCUUCUCUCUCAUGAAAAAGAUGGCAGCCUUUGCCAUUUUCCUAUUCAUCCUAACCCUAGCACCUUCCCUUCAAGCCGCUUCAUCCGAGAACGAUGCAUCGAUCCCGGUCGCUAGGCCAACAUCAGUCAUCCACAACUUCUCGGCGGAAGCAUGGAUGGAGAAGGCAUGUGCCGGAGUCAUGAAUCGAGAAACUUGCGUCGCAAGUUUGCAGGAACAUCACGAUGGAGGAUCCAGGCAUACCCCUGCCUCGAUCCUGACUGCAGCAAUGCGGUCCACACUGAAGGAGGCGAGAUCGGCCAUUGACACGAUGACCAAGUUCACUGCCUUGUCGUUCAGCUACAGGGAGCAGGUGGCCGUCGAGGACUGCAAGGAGCUCCUCGACUUUUCUGUCUCCGAGCUGGCUUGGUCCCUGGCAGAGAUGAACAUGGUUCGUGCUCGUGCUGCUGGUGUUGCCCAACAACAACAGCAGCUGCAGGGCGAGCCCAUCCUUGAGAGCUCAGAAGGAAACCUCAAGGCAUGGCUCAGCGCUGCACUGAGUAAUCAGGACACGUGCCUCGAAGGGUUCGAAGGCACGGACAGGCACGUAGAGAAGUUCAUCAGGGGGAGCCUGAAGCAGGUCACCCAGCUCAUCGGCAACGUCCUGGCUCUGUACACCGAGCUUCACACCAUGCCCUUUCGAGGCACACCAUCGACGAGAGACCAUCGUCCAGUGCCCGUAAUGACCCACUCGAGCCCCGAGUUCCCCGACUGGAUGGUACAGAGCGACCGGAAGGCGGUCAGGAGCAAUCCUCGUGAUAUGCGGAUUGAUGCGGUCGUGGCACUAGAUGGGAGCGGCCAUUUCAGGACAAUUGGAGACGCCGUGGACCGAGCUCCGCCGCAUAGCAUCCGGAGGUACGUGAUUUUCAUCAAGAAGGGAAUUUACCGUGAGAACAUUGACUUGAAGAAGAAGAAAACAAACAUCAUGCUUGUUGGAGAAGGCAUCGGACAGACCAUUGUGACGGGGAACCGUAACUUCAUGCAAGGUUGGACAACUUUCAGAACUGCCACAUUUGCCGUUUCCGGGAAGGGGUUCAUAGCAAGAGACAUAACAUUCCGCAACACGGCUGGGCCAGCGAACCACCAAGCAGUCGCCCUGAGAGUUGACUCGGACCAAUCUGCAUUCUACAGAUGCAGCAUGGAAGGCUAUCAGGACACCCUGUACGCCCAUUCCCUGCGCCAGUUCUACCGCGAGUGCGAAAUCUACGGCACAAUAGACUACAUUUUUGGCAACGGUGCGGCCGUGUUCCAGAACUGCAAGAUACACACCCGUGUCCCUCUCCCCAUGCAGAAGGUCACCAUCACGGCCCAGGGCAGGAAGAGCCCGCACCAGAGCACGGGGUUCUCGAUCCAGGACAGCUUCGUCUACGCGACGCAGCCCACGUUCCUGGGCCGGCCCUGGAAGGAGUACUCGAGGACGGUGUUCAUGAACACCUACAUGAGCGGCUCGGUCCAGCCCAGAGGGUGGCUCGAGUGGUUCGGCAACUUUGGGCUUGGCACGUUGUGGUACGGUGAGUACAAGAACUACGGGCCGGGGGCUUCGCUAUCGGGCCGGGUCAAGUGGCCCGGAUACCACAUUAUAAAGGAUGCCGCCACGGCCAGGUUCUUCACGGUGGGGCAGUUCAUCGACGGCGGGUCCUGGCUCCCGGCCACGGGGGUGAAGUUCACGACGGGUCUCAGCAACUAAUUGGGUUGAAGCCUUGGACUUCGGUGAUUUAAUAUAAUUGUUUAUUGGGCUUGGCCCAUUUGUGAUGGGCUGAUGUAGAGACGCCACCGACGGGUAUAUUGUUGAUGGGCCGGUGACGGUGGUGAGGUGAUCGGUUGACAUUUGACCGAGUCAGUCACUCGGUUUCAUUUUAUUUGUAGUAGGUAAAUUGUAUUAUAUGAUGAUUUUUUUAAUGUAAUUAAACAGAAGAAAUUGUAAAAGCCAAAAGCAUUUAUUUGCAUGCAUAUAAAGUCAAGGUGGGUAUUAGUUAUUGCCCACAUGCGACGGCGCCUCACUUUCCAUAAC